GUUAUAACUUAUACCUGACAGAAUUUCAAACAUCUUAGAAUUUCGCUGUAUAUACUGGAUUUAAAAUGGGCACACCGGUUUCGACACCUAAGAAGCAAAAUGAUGGCCAAGUGCCUGGACAACAGAACCGUCAACUUGCUCAAACUGUGAAGAGUGAGAGUACAAAGAAGGAACGGGCUAUGAUAUGCGCAGCAAUAGAUUUUGGAACAACUUACUCAGGUUAUGCCUUCUCGUUUGCCCACAGUCCCCUUGAAAUCAAGGCAAACUACUGGCCAGAUGGAUCAAUCAAGACACCGACAGUCAUUUUGUUGGAUCCUGAUGGUCGUUUCCACUCGUUUGGCAAAGAAGCCAUGGACAAAUACAGCUCCCUGCUCCACACAAAGGAACAUAAACAAUGGUUCUACUUCGAUCGGAUCAAAAUGGUACUCUAUGAAAAGGGAACGCCCCUUAAUUUGGAUGUAACAAUUGAGGACAAGGAGGGGAAACCAAUGAAAGCUAUUGACAUUUUCACAAUGGCAAUAGAAUACUUUGUGCACCAGCUUGUCGCAACGGUAACGGACAAGAACCGGCUUGAUGGUCUAAACUUCACACCGAGUAAAGAUAUCCACUGGAUGGUCACAGUACCUGCUAUAUGGAACGACAAGUCAAAACUUUUUAUGAGGAAUGCUGCUGUUAAGGCCGGGAUACCAGAUGACAUGUUGACUCUUGCCCUUGAGCCGGAAGCUGCUUCCCUGUACAGCAGAAACAACAUUUCUGAUGCACGAUUCGUUGGAUUCAGAUAUAUUUUACUUGAUGCAGGAGGUGGCACGGUUGAUAUCACUGUACAUGAACUAAAUGAAGACAAUUCCCUAACUGAACUUUACCCUCCAACUGGCGGAGAUUUUGGUGGUACAGAUGUAGACAAUCGCUUCUUGCAGCUGUUAAAUGAUAUAUUUGGAAUCAGUUUGAUGCAAAAAUUCAAAUCGGAUUGUCUUGAGGAGUUUAUUGAAAUGAUGUCUGAAUUUGAAAUUGCAAAACGAAGGUUUAAUGGAACUGGAAAACUCAUCAUGAAAUUUCCAGCUUCAUUGAUAGAAAUGUACGAAUUCGAGAGCAUCAACACUUGUGAACACGCUCUUGAAGCAGCAUCACUUAAUGAAAGCAUUGAAAUAAAAUUUGGCCGAAUUUACAUCAAUGCAAAUGUUGUGAAAAAAAUGUUUCAGUAUUCGGUCAAUGAAAUAAGUAAUGCCAUAAGGAACACACUUAAUAAGGUGGAAAAUAUUCAGAAAGUUGUACUGGCAGGUGGUUUUUCCGAGUCGCAACACCUUCAACUGGUGCUCACUGAAACGUACGGUUUCAAACUUCUGGAAGUAUCGUCAGAACCUUCAGGAGCGGUGUUAAAAGGGGCAGUACUGUUUGGACACACACCUGGUUGUAUAGUUGCCCGCGUUUGUCCCCGAACAUAUGGAGUUGCUCGAAUGGUAAAGUUUAGACCUGAAAAGCCAUAUUCUAAUCCGCCAGACAAGAAAAUAACCAUCGACGGGAAAGACUAUUGCGACGGCAUUUUUGACAUUCAUAUUCAGAAAGGUACAAAGGUGGCUGUGACGGAAAGGAGUGACAUAAAGGAACACGUUUACUUUCGACCGUCUCUUUUUGUAUCCAAUAUCAUUGUAGAGGUUUUCGCAAGCGAUUCAUUAGACCCUAAAUAUGUCGACGAACCGGAUUGUGAGAAAAUAGGUGAAGCCGUAAUUGAAAUGGAUCCGAUGGUAAAGAUGCGUUCCAAGAUUAUGGUGAAGCUGGUGUUCGGUGGAACUGAAUUAGAACUUGUUGUGAGGGACGAAGUGAGAGGGGAGACAAUAAAAACAUUUUUUAGGCUGACUUAACGUUCUGUGUUUCUCGAUGAGUGUAUGUUACGCCUUGACAAGGCAGCCCACAGUUAAUGAGAUGGCUGCUUGUGAGAUUGUCUUUUCACUGUAUUGUUUAUAACGUUUAUGUUUUUAAAUAGUUAUACGAGCUUGCCAUUAUGACCUAAGUGACAUGCAAUGAAUAAAGAAGUACUUUUUGUGAAUUUACAGAAUUAAUAAUGUCCGAGUUCAACCGUCAAUUCUAGUAUUCAACUAACUUAGAUACAUUGAUUACAGUGUAUUAAACUUAGUUGAUUAGUAGUUUUAUGUUGACUCGUUUAUACUGUUAGAUAUUGUUUCAUUUCAUUUAACCACUGGUCAAAAAACCUUUACUAGCCCUACACCUUCAAUAGUAUAAAAGCUCUUUUAGCAUUGAAAUAUUAUAUAUCAUAAUGUUGUAUACGAAUUCAUUAAAAUUAAGAUCAAAUAAAGUAACUGCAGUAGCUUAAUGCAUAAUGUAUUUUGGUGAUGUUUUUUUAAUAUAAGUAAUAUCUAAUCAAUUACCUAUCAAUUGAUGCAAACAUUAUGUACGGGAACGAGGCACCAAUAUAUUUCAUUAUUGUUAAUGUAGCUAUUUGAGAACUAGCUUAGAUGCAGGUCGG